CGCGGCGAGUGACCUUUCCCCCGCGCCCGGCGGCCGCCCGGGGCUCCAGCAGCCCCGACCCAUGGCCGACGCCGCCCACCAGGCCCCGGAGGCCCCGGAGGCCGGCCGAGGUCCGGGCCCGGGCCGGCAGCGCGCGGGCCGGCGGCUGCGGGUGCUCAGCGGACACCUCGGGGGCCCGGGCCCGGCCGCGCCCGCCCCCAACGCCUGCGGAGCCCGGCCGCCCGGCCCCAGCGCCAUCCCCAAGAGACGACAAGAAAUUCUGAAGUGGAAUGGAUGGGGAUAUAGCGAUUCCAAGUUCAUCUUCAAUAAGAAGGGUCAAGCAGAAUUGACUGGAAAGAGGUAUCCUCUGAGUGGCAUGGUUUUACCAACUUUUAAAGACUGGUUAAAAAGCACUCUCGGCGUCAAUCUGGAACAUAGAACUACCUCUAAAGCAUCCUUAAAUGCUAGUGAUGCACCUCCUUCCAUUGUAAAAGAAGAUUUUCUAGAUGAUCUUAAAGAAACUAGUAUUUCGUAUUCACAAGAGGCAGAGGAUAGGGUAUUCAGAGCUCAUGGUCACUGUCUUCACGAGAUAUUUGUGCUCAGGGAAGGAAUGUUCGAACGGAUUCCCGAUAUAGUUUUGUGGCCAAAAUGUCAUGAUGAUGUAGUUAAAAUUGUGGAACUGGCCUGUAAACACAAUCUUUGUAUCAUACCAUUUGGGGGAGGAACAAGUGUUUCAUAUGCACUGACGUGCCCAGCGGAUGAGAAGAGAACCAUCGUUUCAUUGGACACCUCGCAGAUGAAUCGGAUCCUUUGGGUGGAUGAAAACAACCUGACUGCCCAUGUGGAAGCUGGCAUCAUGGGGCAAGACUUGGAGAGACAGCUCGGACAGAGUGGUUACUGUACAGGUCACGAGCCUGAUUCUCUGGAAUUCAGCACCUUGGGAGGUUGGGUAUCCACCCGAGCAUCCGGCAUGAAAAAGAACAUCUAUGGCAAUAUUGAGGACCUGGUGGUACAUAUAAAAAUGGUAACGCCAAGAGGUAUAAUAGAAAAAAGCUGUCAAGGACCUCGCAUGUCAACAGGCCCCGAUAUCCAUCACUUCAUUAUGGGAUCUGAAGGAACCCUUGGAGUAGUUACAGAAGUUACAAUAAAAAUCAGACCAGUCCCUGCAUACCAAAAGUAUGGCUCAGUAGCAUUUCCAAAUUUUGAGCAAGGAGUAGCCUGUUUAAGAGAAAUCGCAAAGCAGAGAUGUGCUCCAGCUUCUAUCCGCCUAAUGGACAAUGUGCAAUUUCAGUUUGGUCAUGCCCUUAAACCUCAGGUUUCCUCUAUUUUUACAUCGUUUUUGGAUGGAUUGAAAAAAUUUUACAUUACAAAGUUUAAAGGAUUCGACCCCAACCAGCUAAGUGUAGCUACCUUACUCUUUGAAGGAGACCGAGAAAAGGUGCUUCAACAUGAAAAGCAGGUCUACGAUAUUGCUGCCAAAUUUGGAGGCUUGGCAGCUGGAGAAGAUAAUGGACAAAGAGGUUACUUGCUGACGUACGUCAUUGCAUACCUCAGGGAUCUGGGCUUGGAAUACUAUGUAAUAGGAGAAUCCUUUGAGACCUCUGCUCCUUGGGAUAGGGUUCUAGAUCUCUGCAGAAAUGUUAAGGAAAGAAUAACAAGAGAAUGUAAAGAAAAGGGGGUCCAGUUUGCGCCUCUUUCCACUUGCAGGGUGACACAGACCUAUGAUGCAGGCGCAUGCAUCUACUUCUAUUUUGCCUUUAACUACAGGGGAAUCAGCGACCCAUUGACCGUCUUUGAACAAACUGAGGCAGCUGCAAGAGAUGAAAUUCUUGCCAAUGGAGGGAGUCUGUCUCACCACCAUGGAGAAUUGGAUUGUCCUAGUACAAAGAAAUUAGAUGUUUAUUUUUCAAGAUCAUUGAAAUCUUCCUUUGAGUGGGCAAGUUGCGGAAACAGUGGCUGAAGGAAAGUAUCUCUGACGUCGGCUUUGGAAUGCUGAAGUCUGUCAAGGAGUACGUGGACCCCAAGAAUAUCUUUGGAAACAGAAACCUUUUAUAAAUCCACUGCAAUCUGAUGUCCUGAAAUCUUUCCAAAUUUGUUUUUUAGUCUACUACUGUACGGUUAUCCCAGUAAGCAAAUAUAUCAUGGACUGUAUUUUGGGUAUUUUUCUUUUGUUUUUUGAAAAAAGGCCGCUUUCAUGCUUUGUUUUUACUCUCAUCGCAUAUGUGCAUAGUUUGGCUGGAGGUGUUGCUCAAUUUCUUCCAGAACGCACCAGUGAGCAUGGGUCAAUCUGCUUCACCUCAGCCAGGAGAUAAGAUAGAAGUCACUUUAAGUUAGGCAGCCUGGAGCUGGGAGCUGGGAAUUUCUGGGAAAGGGGCAGCCAGCCAUUGGGAACUGAAGCGUCCCAGGAAUGGGGGACCAAAGAGCUAGCAUUGGUGUUGUCUCUCGUUGAGACUGGUGCCUCUCCAGCCUCCUUCUGCAAAGAAAAAAAAGUUUCUGAGAGGCACAAGAUCAGAGAUAAGGUGCCAUCAAGGGGAUGAUUGAGGUGUGAGUAAGGUUGGGAAAGAAGGUGAGGAGCUGGAGUCAGUUUGUUCUAGGAGCAGUGGUCUUUCAUAAGAAAACACCCAAUUCUCUAAGGGGCUUAGCUCCACCUUGGUUAGGAUUUGUAGAAUUAUUUUGAAGGACAAUGAAUUGCUACAGAAAUGAUACCAUUAUUCUGGAUUGUUUUCUGCUCUGUAUGCUUCCGUUUAUGCUGAGGUCUAAGUUGUAUUUGUAUUGCUGGGAUAAUCGCCUGUACUAUCCUGGUUUAUUCAUCACACGUUUUGUACAGAAAAAGCUGACUUUUUCUCAUACUAUAUGUAAAGAACAGGUUUCAUGUAAAACAAAUCCCCAUUCCACCCCCCUCCCCCAACCAUGGUCCCCGUGUAUCUGAUUUCACUUUCUUGUUGCUGAAACACCAAGGAUGUUAAAAAAAAAAAAAAAAAAAGGCUAAAUUUUAUGUUUUCAGCAGUAUGAGUGGUUUGGCUAUUGAAACAAAUGCUGUCCUAAGCUUUACCCAGCACUGUUUGUGAAAGUUUCCACAAUUUUAGUGCUGAAAUCUUUUUAUUAAUCUAAAACGGAAACCUUCAGUUUUGGAUGAAUAGUUGUUUUUAACAAUGACCUGAUGUCUUUCUGGAUUCUUGACUUAACUGAAAGAAGCAGUAACCACAACUGUAACAUUGAAAUUCAUAUGCCAGAAUGAAAAAUCUGAACCUUCAUCUUUCUUAUAUAUUAAGUAGAGUACCACUAAUCACAUUUAAUCAACAUUUCUGCAUUUAAACCUGGAUCUUUAAAGCAAAACAAAAACUUUGAAUCAGUGUCUGUCAGUUCACGAGUCACAUUUUGAGGUGGAUUCUUUUCGUAAUGCAAAUUACCUGAAUUUUUUAUAUUUUUUUUAAAUAUUAGUAUCGGAUCAGAUUUAGCAACUCUAUGGGCAGACUAUCCUUUAAAAGGACAUACUGUCUGUCUAUGUAGUAUCAGUUCCAGAGUGUGUUUUGGGCAGUUUGAUACCUUUUAUAUCUGAAAUAACCUUCUCCAAAACACUUAAAAUUUUAAUUUGAGGGUACUAUUUUUAAGAUUUCAAAAUGACUACUGAUUUUUAGGGUAAUUAAAAUUGGCACAAAAUCAAUUAUAAGUCUGUAAACAAGCUAACUUACUGUCGUGUCAUGGAAACACGACCAACGCCGCUUUAUUAUAAACUGCCUUCCGUCAUUGGCUCUGCUUAAAAAUGACUGCAAAAUGAUCAUAAGACUUUGCGUGAGGCCCCUGGGUUUUGAGCCAGUUGAUGAAGAAAAUCACCUUCCAACCAUAAAAAUCAUUGUCAGUUCAUGAAGAUGCCAAAUUAAAAUCCUUCUCUAAUCUGUGGAUCAAAAGCAUGAAAUUAAUAUGGCGUUAAUACCCUUAGCGUGCGUGUGCGUGUGUGUCAGAGAAAGAGAGAGUGUCCCCUAUUAGUUUUCAGUUUUAUCCAGAUUCUGGUGUCGUAGGUUAAUCGAUUCCCUUCCACUGCCUGCAUUUACAUUUGAUUCAUUCCCAGGGAAUUCCUGCGUUGACACCCUCAGAAAUCCACAUUUGGCAUUAGGAAACGCUGGGUUUUAGCUCUGCAGGGUUAAGUACUCCUUUGUCACCAGGAACUUUAUGGAAGCCCUUGAUUUAUGUCUCCAUGGUCCUUUCUGUGUGCACUGGGUUGAACAGCCCCUUGUCUACUUAGAAGCAAGGUUUCUAUAGGUAAUUUUGAAAUCCCCAUCUUAAAGUGGUUUUGGUACUCCAGCCUGCUUGUUACAUUGCUGCCCCUCUUCUUUCCUCCCACUGUACUGUUUGCCUCACCUCAGUAUACACUGAGGACCUGUGGAAGAGUAAAUCUGGGGAGAAAUAUGCCUGGAGCACUCUUUCCCUAUACCUCUUAACCCGGAAGUAUCAGUCUGUUGCGGAAACAGUGCGCCAGUUGGAAGGCCGAAGGGCGUGGUGUCCAUGGGGCCUCUUAAAUCCAUCGAGGUUUGAUUUAUGUUAUGUAAUGGGAGCUCACUAGCUAUCUGGCUUCCCCCAGACACUUUUUACCGAGCCGUGCUUCUGGGACUCUGGUGAUCUCACUUGGAGGGUAAGGGAGCUGCCCUUUUUUUUGGUGGGUGGAGACGGAACAGGAGCACACGUUGCCUGCCAGCGAGCUGAGUGACGCUAUACUGUCCGAGGACUCUCCGUAGUAGUGCUCAUUCACGUUUAGAGAAAGAUGCCCCCCUCUUCCCCCUCCCCCUCCCCCUUUUUUUUUUGGCAUGGUAAGUACGCUAAAAUUUCUCUGCAGUUAUUUGGGGCAUGGUUCGCAACACAUUUUUAGGAAAUCGAAGUGAAGACAUCGUGGGCUUGGGAGUGUUUUUUAAAACAGGGCAGGAGAACGAGGGUUAAACACCUGUUGUUUUCCCAAGCAGUUGGCUUGUUUUUCCCCCCAAAAGGCUGAGAACGAUGUUUACUCCAUUUAAGGGAUUCGAAGCGCACUUAUUCUCUCUUAGCGGGUGUCGUCAAGAGGACCGAGGACCCAGACAAGGCAUUUGUUGUUCGGGUAAGUUGGGAGCUGCAAAAACGAGCAUACACUUGUCUCUGAAGAAUUCUCAGUCUGAGCAGCGCUCGAUGUCCUCCGUGGCCUUCUCCUUCCCACUCUUUGGCCUCAGUCUGCCCUUCCCCCUACUUGGCAAGACAGUUACUGAAGCCAUAUCUCAAACUGAAGCCAUAUCUCAAACUCCGUUUGCAUUCUAAGUCAUUGUGGAAGAGCAGCUUGCCAGGUAUGAAGUCAAGUUGUGGGAAACAGUCAUUUCCCAGCAGCUGAUUUUCUUCUGUGCUUCUCCAAUAAAAGCUGAAUGUGGAGGAAGGGAAGCGUUUGUUUCAGGAUAGCCAGCAAAUUCAUUGGAAGGGCUGCUGUGGAGAUUUGCCCUAGUUCAGAGCAACUCCAGCCUCCUCUUUAAUCCCCUUAAAAACUUUGCUUCUUUUUUUUUAACCCAAAAGUGGCAAAUGCAGAGGGGAAGUAAUAGCAUUUAUUAAGUGUUUUACUGGGUGCAAAGCACAGUACUAAGCACUGAGAGAGAAAUCCAGGUGGGAAUUAGAGAGGGUCCCAGCCCCUCCAGGGCUCACAAUCUAAGAGGAAGCCACAGAACACGUUAGGAGAUGGAAAGCAGAAGGAACAGAUAACCUUUAGCUCUGUAGAUAUCAUGGGCUUGGCUUGGCUGACCACACAAGUGUCAUUUACUGUCUCAAAGCUGCAGUGCAGACAAGGCACCAAAUUGAUGGCUCUUCCAUAGUUGCAUUAAUUGAAAUUGUGCAGUAAAGAGAGACAUAUACAUUAGCACUGAAAUCCAGAAUGUUGUAAAAGGUUUUCCUCAAACUGUCUUGAAAUUUAGUGUCUGAUAUCAAGGAUGUAAGUUACUUAACUUUCUGCUAUCUAAACCUAACAGUGUUUGUCUUAGUGUGAGAUUAACUGUAAAACUACGAUUGUAAUGUUCAGAGAUAAUAGAACUUAUAUUAUUAAUAAAAGGAAAACAGGCCUAAAGAA